CCAAAAAAAAGAAAAAAAAGAAAUUGGAGUAGAAAAGUCGUUCGAGUUGCAAAAGCAAAAGCAAAAGCGAAAAUCCGAUGGAGUGCUCCCAGAAUCUCAAGGUAAGCAAAGAAGAGGUGAUAGCGAAGCUAAAGGACGAUGGCGACUUCGACAGGCUCCGCCGCAAGAUCAUUCAAAAGCUCAAAAACAACGAGGAAUUACGCGAAAAUAUUAUUUCAAUUGUGAAGCAAUCACAAGCGCUUAAUCGCCCAGGUGCCGAGAACAUGAAACCCAGGCAACUCUCUGAUGACAUUUAUCAGGAGGUUGGGGGGAAAGUGAUGAGCCAGAUAUCGGAUGGGUUGUGGGGGAUAAUCAGAUCAAGUGAUGCAAUGCAGAGUGAAAUAAGCGAAACUGUUCAGUCUGUUUACAAUAAAUUGGCUAAUCCAGAUGGGAAUGCAGACGGUCAGUCCUCCACUCAUGUUGUUCAAGUUCAAGUCGAGUCUGGUGAUAAUGGAUUAGUCGUUGGAGCUGCCAGUGGAGCUGUUGUUGGUGUGUCCGACAAUCAUCAGGAUGACAAUAACCAUGAGGCACAACUUCCGCCUCGUGAAAAAGGAGCUAUGACAGAGCACCGGGAAAUGUUACAGGAUAAGAUGGAUACCGAGGGUGUUGAUCGCAUAGUGGCUCCUGGCGUUUCUACAGACACGGAGCACAAGCAGGAGUGUGAUGGUAGCGACGAGGACCCCGAUGUGCCUCCUGGUUUUGGUUAAUGCCGUUGUCAUGCAAUUCUGUUUGGUCGGUGUUACUAUGCAGCUAUCGAAUUUCAGGUACAAUGCAAUUAAAGAUGCUUAUAUGGCAACUGAUGAAGCUUAUGUUGAUUUCUUGCAAUGGAAAAAUUUCUUUCCAAUUACCUUUUUACUGAUUGAGAUGAUCAAUACUACUGAUAUUUUGUGUCAUGAGGGCAUCUGGAUCUGUGUAUGCUGUGGUGUUAAAAAUGUUACAGCAACCCUAAAACUUUAUGUAGGCAUGCCAACAUUAACAAAGGAGCUUGACAACAUUUAGAACAUUUGUCAUUGUCACAUAAGGAUUAAUUUCUCCACAGUUCUUUAUUAUUUACUAACAGUGUGCAAAAAAGGGGAAGGGAUAAGUUUAAGUGAAUAGAUUUCUAUCAGUAAUAUUUGUUACUGAAAAGUUUAGACAUAAAGUUUAAGUUAGACUUGAGAAAGUGUUUUGUGUUAUUGAAUUACCUUUUAGUGUUGGAGAUAUAUGUGUUAUGUGACUUAUGUCUCUUCUUACUGGAACCUUUUUUUUAUCAUAUUUCAUAUUCAUCUUUGUGUUUUUUUUAUUUUUUAUCCUUCAUCUGUCUGGUACCUUGUUUUUAGUUUCUUGGUUAAUAUUCUUUGCAUAGAGUCUGAGUUGUCUCCAUUAAGAAAUUAACCAUAUAUUAUAGAAAUCGUAAAGAAAUGAGUAGGUAUACAUAAGUAAUCACAUAUAGCACCAUGAAGUCUGAUGACACUGCAAAUCACUGCAAUCCCAAUAUACGACAUGCAUCUCACUGAAAUAAAACAGAAACUGGACUCCGGACAACGUGAUUAGUAGAAGCCCAUGUUAUAAAUCCCUGUGUGAAUGCACCAGCUUUACCUCCUGAAGUACGACUGAAUGUCACUGAAUAUGACGCCUUCUGGUUCACCUCUGUAAAGUAAAGCGUGCUGGGUUUGACAGUCACAUGGGUUCCUAGUGGUGCAUAUACCUUGACUGAAUAAGUGGAAUAUGAGGCACCAACAUUUGUCACAGUUCUUGUGAAUGUCUGAGAUGGUCCCAGCUUGACAGAAAAUGAAGGGUAGUUCAGCUCUCCUUCAGGGAUGCUUGAUACCUUUGAGCACUUUAUUGGUCUGUGCACGAGGAUACUGACUCCAGUAUCGUUGUAGCCCAAGCCACAAAGAUAUGGAAUAUAAUCAUCAGGUUGAAUAUCAUAUAUCAGUCCUGGGUCGGUUGCCUUUGAUGGAUUGACAUGGCCCGCACCGGUGGCUAAGAUAUCUGCAGUCUGAAGUGUUUCAUCAAAAAUCCGUUUGCC